ACAAUGCUGGGUCUUGAAAAGCCUGGAUCAUCAGACAUUUCGUCUUCUUCCACUGAUACUUCCGCCAUUUCUCCGAUUAGCGUGAGCAGUAUGCCACUAUCACCGGACAAGGAAAAGAAAAAGAUCUCAUUUGUCCGAUACAAUCCAGACAUUCCACAAAUUGUCACAUCUUUCAAAGGAUAUCAAAAACUUAUGUAUCAAGGCUACCGAUAUAAUAUUUAUCAGAUUGCUCCAGAACGUAACUUCAAGUCUUGGAGAUGCGUUUGCGCUAAGAAAAUGCAUGAUGGGCAGUGGUGCAAAUGCCGAGCUGAAACAACCAUGGAUAAUAAAAACGCAUGCACGAAAGGAUCACACAAUCACCCUCCAAGACACCAUGUCGCUGAGAUCGAAUUUAUCAAGUCUCAACUAUACUCUGCUGCCUUGGAAAAUCCGGACCACGAUGCUGGAGAUCUUGUGAAUCAAGCUAGCAUGUACUUGAGUGAUGGAGUGAUGUUUGAUAACAAGGAGAGUAUAAAGAAAAGCCUAGUUGUUGCCAGAAAUAAGGAUGGAAAACCAAAGAAGCCAAGAAGUAAACGAAUGAUGAAGUUUGAAGUUGAUGACGAUGACGAGAAUGAGUACAAAAUGCCUAAACUGGAGACUGAUAUUUCAUGCUUUUUGCCAUUCAUCAAUAAUAUGGUCAAAGUUGAGCCACCAUUCAGCCAUACACCGACUAUUCAAAUUCCUCAACCUAUCCCAACUCCUAUCCAACAUCAACAACAAGAGCAAAGCAAUUUACUUCAGCCUGCAACGUUGAAUGGUAUGAACAAUCCAUGGAUGGGAAUGGAAGAUCACCUCGCAAUGAUCUGGGCGGCAAAUGCUAUGUUGAACCCAGGCCUGGAUGUACUUUCCACUAUUGCUGCACUUUCCAAGCAUCAGCAGCAUGUCCAAGGUCCAUCGCCUCAACAAGCUGCAACGGCUCCAACAACUGCUUCCCUUUCUUCAAAUCUUUCUGUCAGUAGCUUCACACCGCAAAUGCCCAAGGAAGCUUCCAUCGCAAUUCCAGCUCCACUUCAGGUGCUUAACUUGAAAGAUCUGAAACCUCUUCCACCACUCGCGAACAUUCAAACGAGCCCAGUCAUUCAAGCAGCCAAUCUACUUUUGCCAGUAGCCGCGUUGAAAAAAGAUUCGAGCACUCAGACCACAGAGGAAAUCAAAGUAUCUCAGUGCCUGACUUCUGGCUGCGGGUGCCGUGUGAUCCGAAUUUGCUGCUGUGAUGAAGGAGUAUGCCGACGAACAGCAGCAUGCUAAAAAAUACUAAACAUCAUCUCGCCGGUCGAGCAUUCCAAACACUGUUCCAACUCUACCAACUGCCUUUCUUGGGUCUGGUUACCCGCUUUCCGUUGUCAUACCCGCGUUUACCUUUCUACCCCCCUCUUCAAACUAGUCAUGUUUACUUCAACCAUCCAAAAACAUAACUUAUUAACUUAUUAUUAUUAUUGUUUAUUUUUACUAUUAUUUUAACUAUUGUUAGUCUCACGCAACGGGCACACUGUCUCUUGAAACUGAUCAUUUCGCAUCGUUCGGCCAGCAUUGAAAACAUUGUGAUACCUGAUCCCCCCCACCUCAGUCAUCAAAACGUCACGUUCACUUUUCACUGUUCUCUAUGUCACUCCUUGAAUUCUCACAUCCUUAUAUUCUGAUGUUUUCACUGAUUUUCGCAACUCACUUUUUUUGUCUCAACCAGUCUCUUCUCCCACCCCUCAUUACUACGAAGUGUUGAAAUUAUAAUUUACUCUCAGAACCGGUAAUACUCCGACCGUUUUAGGUAGGUGCUCCCUCCAACUCAUUGUCGAUAUCCAGAUUUAGUCAACAUACCAAUACACAGCUUUUUUCUUCUUUGUUUGGGAUUCCAAUACUCUCAAUAAUUCUUUCAUUUAAAGCGGGUUGUGGUGAAAAUGCUUCUAUGUCGUACUCAAUGCUUGUUUCCUCUCAUCCAAAAGAUAUUAUUUUUUGUUUUACUCCCAGUUUCUCGUUGCGUUGCACUGUGCAAUCAUUUCCAACGAUCCCCCCCCACAUAUGAUCUUCUUACGAAAUUGUAUGGUUAUCUGCAUUCUCCUCAAUCGUGUUACUACUGUCCAUAUUAUCUUUCAAUUUCUAUCAACCAUCUGAUACAAUAAAAGAUUUUUGCAAGUGAA